AUGGAUGGUGGAGGAAACUUGUGGCCGUCGGUGGCAGGAGAAACUUUCCGGCGAGCAGAGCCGAUGAGCGGGGUUGUGGAGAACUUGCGAUUGUUGCUCGGAGAACUGAGUCUCUGCCGGUACGGAAGGUUGAUGUUGGAUCUCGGCGUGAGCGACGAUGAGACACAAGAUCUCGGAGAUGGAACCAGAGAGAGCAGCCACAAGAAGAUGGAGAGAGCAACUCUCGCGAGCCAAACGUCGAGCUUUCAGAUCUGGUGCCGGUCGGAUCUGGAGAGCUUGCCGGAUUGA